GUUAUUAUCGUCAGUGUGAUAUUAUUUCCUGGUCAAUGGAUGUUGAUAUUGGAAUAUUUAUUGAGGAUUAUACGUACAGGCUUAUUCCAGAAUUUGAAAACAGAGGCUUACGGCUUACGCACAAAUUUGGGAAACUCUCAGACAGCUUGGAGCUUUCUUUCAAGGAAGAAGAUAUAAAGCUUGAUAUAUUUUUCUUUUAUACUGAAGGAGCUACUAUGUGGAAUGGUGGAACUCAAGCAAAAACUGGGAAGAAGUUCAAAUAUAUUUUCCCAGCAUUUACUUUAUGCUGGACUGAAUUCUUGGAUCUCAAAGUUCGAAUACCAUGCCAAACAGAGGAAUAUAUUCGUGCAAACUACGGCCCUGCAUGGUUUACACCAGUUAGGCAGUGGGAUUGGAAGUCCAGUCCUCCAAAUGUAAUAGAAAAUGGAGAAUGGCCAGAGGCACAGUGGUCUGAUGUAAUUGUUGUUAAAGAGUGAAAAUUAAGGCUGUUUUAGUGUGAUAUCUUUUAUCUCAUGAAUGAAUACUGAGCUACUACUUUUACAAAAGUGGUUUGAUAAUACUCUAUAGAUUGUGUAAAGAAUACACUGUCUUAAAUGAUGUACUAUAUACUCACUAGUAUAUAAUGUCAGUUCUUUGUUAUGUGCACAAUGAUCUAAUGUCUUUUUCCUCUGGUCAGUUUUGAAAUGGAAAAUGGAAUGGUUGAAAAAUUUUUAAGAUAGUGAUCAUACAAGAUUUAUGAUACGUACCCUGCAUUUUUAGUCAGUGAUUUUUUUAUUAUUAUUAUUUACCUGGCCAAUCUAAGUGUAUGAAGAAGGGCCAUUUGAUAACUUGCACUUGACUUUCUGCAUUUUGUACUAACAUUUCUUAUAUUUUCCUUUUUAACUAGUGUUGAGUUCCUCUUAAGAAAUGCCAACACAUCAGCUGCAUGACUCAGGGACUGUAUUACUAAAUUUUAGUGAUGUGUCUCAAAAUAAUUUUUCUAUAUGUGGAUAUUUUCCUUUGCUUUUGUUGUUCUCUUUUGUUAUGAAGUAACUGCAUUCUUCAAAUAUUUACUGUACCUGUUUUGAGUCUGAGAUAUAGGUAUCCUAUGAUUGAUGUUCCUGCUGUAAUGAGAUGUUUCAUAUUAUGGAGAGCUGCUGACUCCAUCAGGAUUAUUCAUGAAUGUGAAGAAUUCUUUUAUUAUUAUACUCAAAUGAGGAAAAAGUCACUUGUACCCUAAGACAGUUUCCGGUGUUCAAAACUACUAUAGCCAAAGCCAUCAGUUCUGAAGGUUUCAUCAUUGUUUCCACUUCAUACCAUUGAGAAGUUAAAUGCACUGACGACAGCUAGGAUGUCAAGGCUUAGUAAUGAAACUUUCAGGCUCAUUUGCUAUGGCUAUAAUUCUAUAUAUAGCUUCUGUCUCUUCAUUAUAUUUAAAUUUUCAAGAAAAAGUAAACUUUUCUUCUUAAAGGAUCCUUAUGACCUUACUUAUGAUGCCACCAAGAAUAUUUUCGCUUAUUGAUUGUUCCAUCUCUUGUUAAUUACCCCAUCUUACUUUUAGUUUUGUUGGUUAAGAGUUCUGCUUAAUCUUAUCCUUGAGUGUCAUGGUAAUGAUAAUUAGUGGUCUUUAAAUGAUUCAUAAGAUUACAGUUGUUGGGAAUGAAAGGUAUUAUCAUCUGUAUUACAAAAUAUUUUCUUAGUCAUUAAUAUACAGGCAAGAGACCAAGCUUACAACACUUAUGUGGAAUCCCACUGUUUUAUCUCAUUUGCUUUAAGAUGUUCCUUGAGAUGUAGCUUAUAAUUUUAUGGGAAAACUGUGGCUAGGUACAGUUUUCUUAGAAAUUUUAAUUUGAUGGUGCUGUAGAGCAUUCAGUUUCUUAAAAGACUACCCACUGCUACUUUUUCUUUUUCCUCUACAAAUUUUUCUUGGAUAAUUGAAUUACCAUUGUUCUUUGUGCCUUUGAGGAGCUUGUCUGUGUUUUUUUCAUAAUGUACUGUAUUCUAAAUAGAGCUGUACUGUGUAAGCAUCCCUAAUUCUUGAGGAUGCUUUCAUUGUCUCACUUUGUAAGUGGAAAUCCCAAUAUAACUCAAUAGUUUGGCAAUUAUCUUUCAUCAUAGCGAUAAAUGUUUAAAAAAUAUACUUGAUUUUAAUCAUUAGUCUUAUCAAAUUCUGGUAAGUGUUUUUUAAUCUGUUGUCUGUAUCUAGUCAUCCCUCAUCAAGUACUGUAUAGUAAUAUUUACAGAUUCUUGGUACAGAUAGGCUGUGGUAGACGCACAUUUUCCAGAAUUAAUUUUCUUUACAUUUCUCUGCAGUUGAAGUUUGCCUCUGAUGUAAUUACUCGUUGCUGUAUUAGGCUGCAGAUUGUCUAUCCCUAGUUUCAUAACGUGUAUGUGAACGACAUUAUUCUUUCCAUGAAGUUAUUGUUGCUUUUAUUUUCAUUUUCUGGCAAUAAUGCUUGUAAAAAAUCUGAGAACUAACUGACAAAAUUCUUUCAUUGUCAUAUAAUAUAUAGUUUUAGACUUACUACGUAUGUGGAUAUCUAAACAUUUAACUAUAUUAAUACUUUUUAAAAAGCCGUAUAUUUUGGGUAUUUGUCUUGUGAUACUUGGACGGACAUUACACAUUUUUGUUAUACAGUAGUUAUUGAUAACAUGCCCAAAUUGUUUAUGAAAGAACCAAGUAUGUACAUAUGUCUUUGAAGGACAGAAUGUUUGUAUGUGAAAAAAAUGAGCUAUAAGAAAGAGAAAAAGACAAGAGUCAAGUUCAGUAUAGAAGAUUUUGAGAAAAAGUAAACAAUAAGUAAGAACUGAACUUGAACAAUCUGUGGAGAAAGGGGAAAACUUUUUUAAUUUUUAAUAUUGUAAUAUUUAAGUAAAUUUAUUGAUUCAAUUUUUGAACAGGAUUUAAAGAUGUAGUCAUUGAAGGUGUUAAAUCUUAAGCAUUUUGCACAUUACUUUAUGUGGCCAAAUAUGGGAAAAAUUAGUGUUAAAAAUACUAAUUGUAUUUUACUUCAUAUUUUACAAAUUCAAAUACUAAGAGUGUAAUAAGACUACUGUAUGUGGUUUAUAUUAUUAUACUAUGAAUAGUACUAGGGUAACUGUUAAGCACUUUGAUCAGUUUUAUUGAAAUCCAAGAACUGGGUUUUGCAUAAAACUCCAAAUUUAAAAUUACAUAGUCUCUUUGGCCAGGGAUCUGAAAGUGGAAAAGUUCUUAUUUGCCUUAUGCACAUCUCUCAAAUUGAGGUUUCGAUGGAAUAUGGGAUUAUUCUAAAAAAACAUGUGAAGUAUUAUAUUUUCUCUGUUGAGUAUUUCCAUCAUUUUUCAUAAGUGUGAAAAGUCAGUAUGAUCAUUUCCUUUUAUUCGUAAUGAUGUAGACAGUAAGGAUAUAUUUGUAGCAUCUUUUUUUCGUGUCAGAAACUGUAAUAGGUAGAAGCCAGGUCUUCAGUAUCAGAACUGUCUCAGGGUUUUUAGGUUACCAUAAUACAGCAAGUUGGAUGAAAGAGUGAAUUAAGAGGUAAGAACAUAUAGAACAAUUUUGUUUUUAGUUUAGUAUAUUUCACACUUUCCUUUUUGUUUGGAUAUUUAUAGUAUUUUGAUUCAUUUUGUUUUUAUACAGUACUAGUUCUAAAUGUUACGAAAAUUAUGUAACAGGAUGAAAUUGAUAAUAGUUUAGUAUUUUGUUACAAAUCUACUGUAAUUGGUGCUAAAUUACAGGGUACUUUUCAAGAUCAAGUAGGCAAAUUGGCUGAGGAAAAGCUGACUUAUAACUAGAUCCUUGUAAGAAGCUUGCAAGUCAUAUGGAGGACUUAACUGAGGAAUUAUGAGUUGGUAGUAUAAAUUAAUUUUCUACCUUAGGUAAUUCAAAGUUUGUGGUAAGAAUUGUCAGUGCAGCUCUUUUCCACGUAAGGCGUUCAUAAAGCACAAAAAAAUGUAAAAUCUGUUAAAAUAUUAUUUUAUUUGUCAGCCUGUAAGGUGCACUCUUUUUAAAUGACAAAACUGAUAUCCAGCAGGUGGAGGUUGUUUGUGGUUAGUUGUAGUUCACUUAACACAAAUAUUUAGUGUGGCUUACUAGUACAGUACUGUAAAAAAAAAUUUUUUUACAGUAGUACAGCGCAAUAGUAUAUAUUUUGGCAAAGUGAUCUCCAACUUCUAGUAAGAGUUUUUGAAGGUUAAAAAAAAAUGGCUUGGCUUAUGGCUGCAGCUCAAAGAAAUUCAGAUAUUGCAUUAUACAUCCUUCCCCCAUCAAGUAUAGCCUAUUAGUAUAUACAUAUAAUGGUUCAUGCAUACUUGUGUUUAUAUCAUACUCUUCAUAUGACACCCAACUCAUUUUACAUCUUUCACAUAUUAUCUGACAAUAGCAAAAGUGUACUGUGUGAUUCUUUUGCACAGUUAAGCUGUACAUCUGGCAAUAAUGAAUGCUUAAGUGAGAGAAAGGAGACUUAUAUGAAGAAAUAUUAUUUGAAUUCUAUUGCCUCAUACUUUGGUUGAUUUUUUUAAAUUGCUUUUUACUUGUUAUGCAUUUUUAGCUAUAAUACAAUAAACCACCAUAUUGCACUCCAUUUCAUUUAAAUAUUGAAAUGUAAAAUAUUUACCUAAUGUCUAUUAUCAGUCAGAUCAUAACACCUAGAUGUUCUCAUUCAUUCUAAAUUGUAUUCUAUGUAUUGCUGGUAUUUAUACAGUAUUAGAAUUAUACUUUACAGCAUCUAGAUAUAAACAUCAUUUAAUGUUAACUAAAAAUCACUGUACGUACUGUGGUUCAAAAUUCUUUCUUUGGAAAGUGAACAAAGUGCUUAUUUGGACAUAUAGUCAAACUAUUUCCUUCAUUUACACUUACACUUAUGUUUGGAAAUCAAAUCAACUUCCUGUAUAUGGCCUGUUCAUAAACGAAAUUACUGUAAUUUUCCUAUAGAAAAACACACUGUAUUUAUUAUUAGAUUAGAGUUUGACAGUACUAUAAUUACAAAUAUAAAAGAGAACAAGACAUCUAUAUGGAUUUUGUUCAGACAAAUAAGCUACACUAUUAUCUUAUAAAGUAUAAGGUAUUUGAAUACAAAAGGAAACAGUAUAUGCAGCCCCAUUCCAAAGGCUGUAUCACUAUAGGGUGCUUUAUCUAUUGAUAGGUUACAGCAGGUCAGCCUAGGAUAACUAAGGCUUGGAAGAUACAGAUUACUGUACUUAUCAGUAGUACAGUAAUCCAGAUAUGAUGGAUAGCAGUAAAAACAUCUUUAAUUUAGAUUGAAAAGGUAAUGUUCACCAAAGAACCAUGAAAACCAUUUUCAAUAAGUAAAAGUUGAAAUAUGCUCAAAUCUUUUUAUUUAAAAGAAAAGUUCAUGUAAAACAGUAUAGUGCAUCUUUUGGCUGGCAAACACCAUAAAUGUUGCUUGUAGCAAUUCACUUUUUGGGGACUAGUGUAGGUUAGCCCCUCAAAAAUGUGAAAAAAAGCUUUUUUUUUUUCCCUGUAGUAUUAAUAUUUUAAUAUGCUUUAUGUUAUAGUAAAUAUCAUGAUUUAACUUGAUGCUUUCUAUCGUGUAGUGAACAAACAUAUUUGCAGGCUAACAUAUUGUAUGUGAAAUAUAUGUAGCUCCAAGAUAAUGUCAUAGUUUGUAGACUGAGUUGUAAAAAUACUUACAAUUCUUUACUGUGAGCACAAAAGUAAAGUUUUAUAUGAUUUUAACAUCUGUAUCAAUAUGAUACCGACAAAUUUUUAGUUAUUAGAAAGCUUUUAAUUAGAAGCUAUUUUUGAUGAUUCAUGAAAUUUAGACCAAAGUGCUUGGAUCAGGAACCAUGUGUUUAUUUAGCAUCAUACCUAGUUUAUUGAAGACACUUAGAUCUGAAUGUUAGAAAUGCAAUUUACUCUAGUUUACUAUGCAUUGCAGUACCUAUUUGCUUUUUUUUUUAUUUGUAUUUAGAGUAGCAGCAGUUUUAGCAGUUUUUGUUAAUUGGAUUUUCCAUGAAUUAUAAUUCAUAUUCACCUACACACCAUAUAACAUUCCCUUUUAUUUUCGAAACUUAGGCCUAUUAGCUUGUUCUGUUAAUUUAACAAAUAUAUUCAUUUUGAAGAAGACUUAGAGAGUUACUUUGGAAGUGUUGAGGCUGAUGAUUAAAUGGAAGGGGUCUUACUAGUUUUAUUGAUCUGCAAGAUGAUUAGGCAUAUAAUUUUGCAAUGACUAACAUUGCAUGAAGUUGUAUGUUAUUAAUCUUUCAGGUUCUUGUUUGUUGUAAAUGGAGAAAUAUUUAAGGAUAUUGUUAUCUGAAAAUUAUAUUUGUAAGCUGUUAGUGUUUUUGUGACGUGAAUUAUUCUCUUUAAUCACUUUGUGGAAAGAGGUAUGCAGGUAUUAUUGUUUGUAGAUUAUUUGGUGACAGCUUACUUCAGUUAAAUUUUAGUAACUUCUUGUUUCUUGGUUGGACUCAAUAUCUUUGAGAAUGUGCACUUUGUUUCAUAAUGAAAUUAUUAGCAUCAAACUAUUGAGUCUCUCAUUAACUAUGCAGUUAUGUAAGAAUAUAUUGUACAGUAAAUACUACUUGCUUAAUUCCAUAUGCUUUAUAAUUACUGAUGAUAUUGCAGUAGUUAUUGGAAACGUGUGCCUAGUGCCUGACUAGGAUAAUACUGCUUAAACCUGUGUUGGUUGCCCAAAUAAAAAUACAUAGUUGGUUGCAACUCUUCAUAUUUGUAAUGAGAUUUUCCUUAAAUAAAGUCUUUCAGUAAU